AUGGGUAUCUCUGGCCUUUUGCCUCUGUUGAAGGAUAUUCAAGUCAACCGACCGCUGUCUGACUUCGCGGGCCAAACAAUCGCCGUCGAUGCUUAUGUUUGGUUGCACAAGGGAACAUACGGAUGCGCACCCGACCUUGCCACAGGAAAGCAGACGACCAGAUAUAUAGAUUACGCGAUGCACCGUGUACGCCUAUUGCAGCACUACCACAUACAACCAUAUAUCGUCUUUGACGGCGGCCCCCUUCCUGCCAAGAAAGGAACCGAAGCUGAUCGCAAGAAGCGGCGUGACGAGAACCUCGCACGAGCAAACGUUCUUGCGGCCCAAGGGAAACACAGCCAAGCGCGAGAAUAUUACGUCAAGUGUAUCGACGUCACGCCGCAGAUGGCCUAUCAAUUUAUCAAGGCGUUGCGGGCAGGGUCGGUUCCGUACGUCGUUGCGCCAUAUGAGGCCGAUGCGCAAUUAGCGUACCUGGAGCGCACAGGUCUUGUCGACGGUAUACUUACAGAGGACUCGGACCUGCUUGUCUUCGGCUGUAAACAAGUCCUGCUGAAGCUGGACGUCGUCGCGAGCACUGUCUCGUGUAUAUCCCGUAGCGACUUCGCGUCCAUGGCUUCAGGAAGCUCUGGCGGAAUUUCCUUAUUCGGGUGGUCGGACCUCCAGUUCCGCCAUAUGGCUAUCCUGAGCGGGUGCGACUACUUACCAAGCAUACCCGGAAUUGGCCUGAAGACAGCCUGGAUGCUGUUGAAGAAGCACAAGACCGUGCAGAACGUUGUCCGUGCGCUCAGUCUUGAGGGUAAGAAGAAGGUGCCUGAAGGCUACUUAGAGGCAUUCCAACUGGCAGAGAAAGUAUUCCUGUAUCAAAGAGUAUACGACCCGACACAGCAGAUGCUCGUUCACUUGACGAAUCCUCCCAAUGACGAGGAGUGGGAUGCAGAGACUGAAGCCUAUGUCGGGGAGUGA